UUUUCAACACUGGUACUUGCAUUACUAGGCAUUUUUGAUAUUAAUAAUUUCCGAAUUUUAUUUCAAUCAAAGUUAUAGUUAGUGAAGCAAUUUUCAAAUUACAAGAACGACAAUAUGUCCAACACCGCAGAUACUGGUGCCCAUGAUGUAGAAAUGGAAGUGGAUGUAGCCACCACAGCUGAUUCGCCGACAACGACAGUUGCCGAUGAAAAGAAAAAUCAAGAUGUGGCCGCCGUCCAAGAGAUACGCGAGCAAAUACGUCAAAUUGAGAAGUCGGUGGCUUCCAAGGAGUCACGUUUUAUUUUGCGAGUGCUACGCAAUUUGCCCAACACAAGGCGUAAACUAAAUGGAGUGGUUUUCCGUAAUUUAGUCCAAAGCAUUUAUCCAAAUGGAGCGGAUCGUGAGACGGCAUUGUCCUUGACGCCAGCCUUGGAGAAGGAUGCCACCGAAUUGCCCGAUGUGGCUAAAAAAUUAGUAGCCACCAAGUCGCCCAUUCCUGAAGUUGAUGCUUAUUUCUAUUUGCUGCUAUUGGUUAAAUUAAUCGAUGCGAAUGACUUAAAGCGCUCUCAUACUUGCGCUGAAUCCUUGAUGUCGAAAAUAUCUAUCCAGAAUCGUCGCACAUUGGAUUUAAUUGGCGCCAAAUCAUAUUUCUAUUUCUCCCGUGUGGCCGAGCUUAACGAUGGCCUGGAAGGGAUUCGAGGCUUUUUGCAUGCUCGGCUUAGGACAGCCACUUUACGCAAUGAUUUCGAGGGUCAAGCAGUGCUCAUAAAUUGUUUGCUUCGUAAUUAUUUGCACUAUUCCUUGUACGAUCAGGCUGACAAGCUGGUAAAGAAGUCAGUGUAUCCAGAAUCGGCAAGCAACAACGAAUGGGCUCGUUUCCUUUACUAUCUGGGCAGGAUUAAGGCAGCCAAGUUGGAGUACAGUGAUGCUCAUAAGCAUUUGGUUCAGGCUUUGCGUAAAUCCCCCCAGCAUGCGGCCAUUGGUUUUCGUCAGACUGUGCAGAAAUUGAUUAUUGUAGUGGAAUUGUUGCUGGGCAACAUACCCGAACGUGUUGUGUUCCGGCAGGCGGGUCUUCGCCAAAGUCUCGCACCAUAUUUCCAACUUACCCAGGCAGUGCGUAUGGGUAAUCUAAAACGUUUCGGCGAUGUGGUUUCUCAAUUCGGACCCAAAUUUCAAUUGGAUCACACUUUUACUUUGAUCAUCCGACUGCGACACAAUGUCAUCAAGACGGCUAUACGCUCCAUCGGAUUGUCAUACUCGCGAAUUUCCCCACAGGACAUUGCCAAGCGUUUAGUGUUGGACUCUGCCGAGGAUGCCGAAUUCAUCGUUUCGAAGGCUAUUCGGGAUGGCGUCAUUGAGGCCACACUUGAUCCGGCCCAGAACUACAUGCGUAGCAAGGAGAGCACAGAUAUCUAUAGCACACGCGAGCCGCAGUUAGCUUUCCACGAACGCAUCUCGUUUUGCUUAAAUCUGCACAAUCAGAGUGUCAAGGCCAUGCGUUAUCCUCCGAAGUCAUAUGGUAAGGACCUCGAAAGCGCCGAAGAAAGACGCGAGCGUGAGCAACAGGAUUUGGAAUUGGCCAAAGAGAUGGCGGAGGAUGAUGAAGAUGGUUUCUAAUUUCAUUAUAAUAAUUCAUUUUGUUUUGCGCAAACAUGUAAUCAGCAAUUAAAUAAGUCAUCUUAAUUUCGAUAAAA